UUUACCGAUCACAGUCGUCCCUGUUCGUUCGGUGAAAUCGGCGUUCCCUUGUUGAUUGAAAGGCGUGCGGUCGAGGAAGGAAAAUUCUGAUCACUAGAGUCAUGGCAAGCGCUGUAGACAAGGAAGGUGUUCGCGAUGCUUAUCAAGAUGUCAGAUCGGAUACGUCGGACACAAAUUGGGCUCUCUUCAGGUAUAAAGGCGCCGAGAUAGUCCAUGAUUGUUCCGGUGAGAAUCUACAAGAGCUUAAAGAUGCCUUAUCAGACGAUGAGCGGGCAUUUGCGUUCGUGCGGGUGUUCGCCGGCGACGAGAUGAGCAAGCGGAAGAAGUUCGUCCUCCUGACGUGGGUUGGCCCCUCCGUCAGCACUCUCAAGAGAGCUCGAGUAUCCAUUGACAAGGCGCUGGUGAAGCAAGUCGUCCAGAAUUUUGCGGUAGAACUCCAAAUCGAAUCCCCUGACGAGCUAACAGACGAAUAUCUUCGGGCGGCCGUUGACAAAGUGGGCGGUGCUAACUACGGAACAGGAACAAGAACAUAAAGCUGGAUCUUUUUGUACUGAACGAUGAUGUGUUAAGACUUCUUGUCUGUAAGAUUUAUAUAAUUGUAUAAUUUUUAUCCCGACUGUUUAUAUAAUCUGUCAGUGUGAGCUUUAUGAAAUAAAGCUUGUUGAUAUAA